CCUCAUACCUCUCUCUACCUCUGUUGCCGACCGACACUUGCAGCCAUUUUACGCAGGACGAAGCCAAACAUCAUGUCGUGAAAGGAAAUCCUUUGCUGCUCGUCACCUGGCCGCAGCCAGCAGCAGCGGCAGCGGGAGUCCAGCUCCCAGUGGUAUUAUUGGUCCCCGUCUCUGGAUACUGGUCCCAGUCUGACCGGCGGGUCCGGUCACAUAAACAGAAAACAUGGUGAAAAGAAAAAGCUUGGACGAGAACGAGUCAGAGUGCGGGAAGGGGAUACCGUUCCCCAUUCAGACCUUCCUGUGGAGACAGACCAGUGCAUUUCUGCGGCCAAAGUUGGGGAAGCAGUAUGAAGCCUCAUGUGUGUCCUUUGAGCGGGUGCUGGUGGAGAAUAAGCUCCACGGGUUGUCACCGGCCCUGUCAGAGGCCAUCCAGAGCAUCUCCCGCUGGGAACUGGUCCAGACAGCCCUGCCUCAUGUCCUCCACUGCACCUCUAUCCUGCUGUCCAACAGGAACAAGCUGGGCCACCAGGACAAACUGGGCGUCGCAGAGACCAAGCUGCUCCACACGCUGCACUGGAUGCUGCUGGACGCUGCCCAGGAAUGUAACCAUGAGUCCAGCCUGGGCCACGGCUGGUCUGCUGGGAGCAGCAGCAGUGCUUUUCUUCAGCCAGUGGGAAACCAGGGCUCCUCCUCAGGGGCCCCGGGAUCCUGCUCCUCCGUCUCAGCCCUCGGGGGUUCUGGGCCCCAGCAUGGCAGCUCUCUCCUGGAGGAGGACGAACACACUCGUACCAAGCUGUUCCACAAGAGCAUGGAGACAGUGGAGCUGUUUGUGUUCCUGUUUGCUCCACUUAUUCACAGAAUCAAGGAAUCAGAUCUGACCUUUCGCUUGGCCAGUGGCCUGGUGAUUUGGCAGCCCAUGUGGGAACACCGCCAGCCCGACAUCCCGGCCUUUACAGCCCUUAUCAAACCUGUGAGGAACAUUGUGACAGCUAAGAGGAACUCCCCUGUCAACAACCAGUGCAGCCCCUGUGGAUCUGCAAACCCUGGUCCCAUGGGCUUCCAGGUGGUUUGUGAAGCUCCUCUGUCUGAUUCCUCCUCCCCCUCAGCUGGAGAGCAGAGCUGUCGGCGUGAAAACUCGGUGGAAAAAGGUGGCCCUUCCCAACAGCCCGCACAGGUCAAAGGGCCGACAAAGAAAAAAACUUCAGCUCCUGCAGGUCUGCCAACAUCUUUGUCUCAGCGUGCACGUUAUGCCACCUAUUUUGACGUGGCAGUACUGCGCUGUCUGCUGCAGCCCCACUGGACAGAGGAGGGUGUUCACUGGGCAUUGAUAUAUUACCUCCAGCGCCUGAAGCAGAUUCUGGAGGAGCGACCUGAACGUACCUCAGAACCUCUGGUCCUGCCGCUGCCACGUCCGCGUAGUAGCUCUAUGGUUGCAGCUACACCCUCAUUGGUCAAUACACACAAGACCCAGGAUAUGAGCUUGAAAUGCAACGAGGAGGAAAAAUCUCUGAGUACAGAAACAUUUGCAAAGGUUUCUCUGACUAAUCUUCGUCGACAGGCCGUCCCUGAUCUCUCCUCUGACCUGGGCUUAAACCUCUUCAAGAAGUUCAAGAACAGGCGCGAGGACCGAGAGAGAAAGGGUUCCAUCCCUUUCCACUACACAGGAAAAAAGCGUCAGCGCCGUAUGGGGGUUCCUUUCCUUCUUCACGAGGAUCACCUGGAAGUCUCGCCCACACGCAGCACCUUUUCUUUUGGUAGCUUCUCUGGUCUGGGCGAUGAUCGGCGAACUCUGGACCGUGGAGGCUGGCAGGCAACAAUCAUGGGUAAAUUCACACGGAGAGGAAGCACAGACACUGCUGCAGACGCUGACAGUCUGAGUGCCAAACACUCGCACUCACACCACUCUCUCCUCAGAGACAUGCCUGACCACUCCAACAGUCACAGUGACAACACUGUCAAAGAGGUGCGAUCUCAGAUCUCUACCAUCACCAUGGCAGCAUUCAACACGACGGUGGCAUCCUUUAAUGUGGGUUAUGCGGACUUCUUCACUGAGCACAUGAAGAAACUCUGUAACCCUGUGACUGUCCCUGAGAUGCCUGUGGAGCCGCUAGCCUGCGCCAACCUGCCACGCAGCCUCACAGACUCCUGCAUCAACUACUCCUGUCUGGAUGAAGGAGAGAACAUCGAGGGCACAAAUAAUUUUGUGCUGAAAAAUGGCAUGCUGGACCUGACUGCUGUUUUGAGAGCACUCUACGCUGUCCUCAGUCAUGACAUCAGCUCCAGGAUCUGUGAUGUUGCCCUUAACAUCAUCGACUGCCUGCUGCAGCUGGGCGUGGUCCCCGGCAUGGGCAAAAAACUGUCCAAGCCUGAUAACAAGGAAAACCAGGAAGCACGAGCCAAAGACCCAGGUGGUCAGAGCCUUGGAGUACAGGGUGGUGGAGCAGUACCUGGAGCAGGUGGAGGAGGGGGAGAUGGAGGAGGAGGUGGCGGAAGUGGUGGUGGAAGUGGACAGGGGAGCAAGGAUGAUGUAAAGAAUAACAAAGACAAUGACAAAAAGGAGGAAGGCUCCAGCCUUAGCACCCACCGUUUAGCGCUGACUAUGCUGAUAAAGAUAGUAAAGUCGCUGGGCUGUGCCUACGGCUGUGGUGAGGGACACAGAGGUCUGUCAGGCGAUCGCCUCAGGAUGCAGGCCCAGAACUGCUUGACAAACCUGUAUAAGCUGGACAAGGUCCAGUUUCGCCAGACAAUACGCGAGUAUGUGAACAAAGACUCUCUCAAUAACAUUGUGGACUUCCUGCAUGCACUGCUGGGCUUCUGCAUGGAGCCCAUUACUGACAAGUACGGCAGUGCAGGUGAGAGGUCCAGGAGGGCGAAAAAACGAAACAUCGACAAGGCAGGCUUUGGGAAUAACUUCACCACAGGGGACAACAAGUCUGUGGCCCAGAAUAUGGAGGCUGUGGUGGUAGGCUGCAUGUUCAAGUCCCUGAUUACCCGCUGUGCGUCCACCACGCACGAGCUGCACAGCCCUGAGAACCUGGGUCUUUACUGUGACAUCCGCCAGCUGGUGCAGUUCAUCAAGGAGGCUCAUGGAAACGUGUUCCGCAGGGUGGCGCUGAGUGCACUCCUGGACAGUGCAGAGAAGGUCACCACCACCAAGAAACCGGAGGAGAAGGAAGAGGGCAAACAGACUGGACCAAAAAGGUCAGAGGCGGGUGUGUCCGGGGAGAAGGGUCAGGUGUCCAGUGCUGCAGAUGAGUGUCGCAGCUACAUCUCCAGCAGACCCCCCCAGACCCCCGAACAUGAAGAACAAAUCCCAGGGGCUCUUCUAGGAAGAAAGGAUUUUUGGAGGAAAAUGUUCAAGUCCCAGAGUGCUGCCAGUGACACUAGCAGCCAAUCAGAGCAGGACACCUCGGAGUGCACCACUGCCCACUCAGGCACCACCACAGACAGACGGUCCAGGUCCAGGUCGCGUCGGAUUUCGCUACGCAAAAAACUGAAGCUGCCAAUUGGCAACUGGCUGAAACGCUCCUCUCUGUCGGGCCUGACUGAUGGUGUGGAGGACCUGCUGGACAUCAGCUCAGUCGAUCGUCUCUCCUUCAUACGGCAGAGCUCUAAGGUUAAGUUCACCAGUGCUGUGAAGCUGACCGAAGGUGGCACUGCAGGGCCAGAGUACGGCAGGGACGAGGAGGAAAAUUUCUUCAAGCGGCUCGGUAAAUGGAGGUCUGGCAGGAGGAAUCCAUCCAAGCUUCACCACACAGAAGAGAAAGAUGGUCCCCAUGGUUUCCAGGAAAGGCUCGCAGCCAGUCAGGAGGCCAUGAAGAACAAGAACGUGGUGAAUCUGGGAGCCAUACGUCAGGGUAUGAAACGCUUCCAGUUCCUUCUGAACUGCUGUGAGCCAGGAACCAUACCAGACGCCUCCAUCCUGGCUGCAGCACUGGACCUGGAAGCUCCAGUUGUGGCUCGAGCCUCCCUCUUUCUGGAGUGUGCUCGGUUUGUCCACCGAUGUAACCGUGGCAACUGGCCUGAGUGGAUGAAGGGCCACCACGUUAACAUCACCAAGAAAGGUCUUUCAAGGGGCAGGUCACCUAUAGUGGGUAACAAAAGGAAUCAAAAACUCCAGUGGAACGCUGCCAAACAUUUCUGCCAGUGGGGAGAUGCUAUUGGCACAAGGCUAAGCGAAUUGUGUCACUCUGAAAGCGAGAGCCCGGCCAACAUUCUGGGUUACAUCUAUGAUGAAGACACCAAACGGAGAAUGAGGAAAGAAGAUGAGGAAGAGGACUAUUUAGAUGAUAACACAGUCAAUCCAACCAAAUGUGGCUGCCCCUUUGCUUUGAAGAUGGCUGCCUGUCAGCUCCUCCUAGAAAUCACCACUUUCUUGAGAGAGACUUUUCCCUGCCUACCACGUCCGCGAACAGAGCCUCUUGUGGAUCUCGACAGCUGCCGACUACGAUUAGACCCAGAGCUCGGUCGUCACCGAUAUGAGAGGAAGAUCAGCUUUGCAGGCAUCCUGGAUGAUGAGGAUGGACACGACUCUCUCAACAGCAGCAGCCACACGCUCAAGUCUGACACUACAGGUGAAGAGAAGAAGGUGCAGGAGAGUCAGGUACCUAUAAGGAAAAUUCGUAUUGGAGGCUCCCGGCUGCUUCAAAUCAAAGGGGCCCGCAGUUUUAGGGUGAAAAAAGGUGGCUCCCUGUCGUCCAUACGCCGGGCAGGGAGCCUUAAAAGCACAAAGCUUUCCCGGCAGGACUCAGAGUCUGAGAAUGAAGAGGGUUUGUUGUCACAGACACAAAGCAGGGACACCGUAACUGACAUUGGCAGUCCCUUCAGUACCAGUGAGCCCAGCAUAGAACCAGAGGGUCAAGGUUCAGGUGGCGCAGAGGAAAACUAUCACCGCAACAUGUCCUGGCUCCAUAUCAUGAUCCUGUUGUGCAACCAGCAGAGUUUCAUCUGUACCCAUGUCGACUUCUGCCACCCCCACUGCUACCAGCACCACAGCCGCUCCUGCGCCCGUCUGGUCCGUGCCAUCAAGCUUGUUUACGGCGAGACAGUGGACAGCCUGCGGGAAGACAGUGCGUCCUUAGGGAACAUUGGAGCACGUGCAAAGAAAAACAAUGAGUGUUCGGACAAGUCAUGUCUGAGGACACCAUCUAUGAAGAGACGACCAACGGACCCCAACACAGAAGGAAAGAAAGACACAGGGAUGCUCAAGUACAUCCGCAACCAGGUCAUGAGCCUGUCACCAGCACCGCUUUCCUUGUUGAUCAAAGCAGCUCCUAUCCUAACUGAUGACAUGUAUGGAGAUGUUCAACCAGCAGCCUGGGAGCUGCUGCUCAGUGUGGAUGAACAUAUGGCAGCUGCUGCAGCGGCCAUGUUCCUCCUCUGUGCGGUAAAGGUGCCAGAUGCAGUGACUGAAAUGAUGAUGGCAGAGUUCCAGCACCAGGAGGCAUGUCAACGCAUCAACUCCAUCCUGAAAUUUUAUACACUCUGGAGGUUCCGCUACCAGGUUUGGCCCCGCAUGGAAGAAGGAGCACAGCAGAUUUUUAAGAUUCCUCCUCCCAGCAUCAACUUCACCCUGCCAUCUCCAAUCCUAGGCAUGCCCUGUGUUCCCAUAUUUGAUCCUCCCUGGGUGCCACAGAACACUGGCAGUGUCCAGGACCCUAUUAAUGAAGACCAGUCUAAAUCCUUUUCAGCACGUGCAGUGUCCCGCUCCCACCAGCGAGCUGAGCACAUCCUGAAAAACCUGCAGCAAGAGGAAGAGAAGAGGCGCCUGGGCCGUGAGGCCAGCAUCAUCACCGCCAUCCCCGUGGCUCAAGAGGCUUGCUAUGAACCAACAUGCAGCCCACCACCGGAACAGGAGGAAGAAGCAGAAGAAGUGGUGAACCUGGCAUCCCGCCGCCUGUCCGUCAGCCCAUCUUGUGCCUCCAGCAACUCCCACAGGAACUACUCUUUCCGUCGGGGGUCAGUUUGGUCAGUGCGUUCACUGGCCAGUGCUGAGGAUGAAGAAAACACAACAGAACACACUCCUACUCACCACAUGCUCCAGCCUCCACAAGCAGUCUUCCCAGCAUGCAUCUGUGCAGCUGUUCUACCUAUAGUGCACCUCAUGGAGGAUGGAGAGGUGCGAGAGGACGGUGUGGCUGUGAGUGCUGUUGCACAGCAAAUUCUUUGGAACUGCCUGAUCGAGGAUCCAGCCCUGGUUCUCCGUCACUUCCUGGAGAAACUGACAGUCAGCAACAGACAGGAUGAGUUGAUGUACAUGCUGAGGAAGCUGCUACUCAACAUUGGAGAUCUGCCUGCCCAAACGUCUCACAUUCUCUUCAACUACCUGGUGGGGCUGAUCAUGUACUUUGUACGCACACCCUGUGAGUGGGGUAUGGACGCUAUCUCUGCCACACUGACCUUCCUGUGGGAGGUGGUGGGGUACGUGGAGGGGCUCUUCUUUAAGGACCUAAAGCAGACCAUGAAGAAGGAGCAGUGUGAGGUCAAACUUCUGGUCACCGCAUCUAUGCCAGGAACCAAAACCCUAGUGGUCCAUGGACAGAAUGAGUGUGACAUCCCUACACAGCUUCCUGUUCAUGAAGACACUCAGUUUGAAGCCCUUCUGAAGGAGUGUCUUGAAUUUUUCAACAUCCCUGAGGCCAGAUCAGCCCACUACUUCCUCAUGGACAAACGAUGGAACCUCAUCCAUUAUUCCAAGACGUAUGUCAGAGACAUCUAUCCGUUCCGAAGGUCGGUCUCUCCUCAGCUCAACCUGGUCCACAUGCUACCUGAGAAAGGACAAGAACUUAUUCAGAAACAGGUGUUUUCCCGUAAACUGGAGGAGGUCGGUCGUGUCCUGUUUCUCAUCUCCCUCACACAACACAUGCCAGCCGUGCACAAACAAUCCCACGUCUCGCUCCUCCAGGAGGACCUGCUGCGCCUGCCUUCUUUCCCACGAACCGCUAUCGACGCAGAGUUCUCUUUGUUCAAUGAACCACAAGGUAAGGAGUUGUUUGGACUGGACACACUCCACAAAGUCCUGUGGAUCAAGCUUUUGGAGGAGAUGUUUCUGGGCAUGCCCAGUGAGUACCCAUGGGGUGAUGAGAUGAUGCUGUUCCUCAAUGUCUUCAAUGGCGCGCUGCUAUUGCAUCCAGAGGACAGCUCCCUCCUCAGGCAGUACACAGCUACUGCCAUCAACACUGCUGUGCAUUUUAACCAUCUCUUCUCCCUGAGUGGUUAUCAGUGGAUCCUACCAACGAUGCUGCAGGUGUAUGCAGACUACGAGAGCAACCCUCUACUAAGACAGGGCAUCGAGUUCUGCUGCAGGCAGUUCUACAUCCUUCACAGAAAACCCUUCAUCCUCCAGCUCUUUGCCAGUGUGGCUCCUCUGCUGGAAUUCACAACCAGCACCAGCACUGGUCUGUCUAAAGGAGUCUCAGCCCAGUGUCUGUUUGACCUGCUGGUCUCUCUAGAGAGUGAGACUCAGGACACCCUGGACGCCCUGGAGCUGGUCAAAGCAGAGAAACCACUGCGAUCGCUGGAUUUCUGUUAUGGAAACGAGGACCUUGCCUUUUCCAUCAGUGAGGCCAUCAAACUGUGUGUGACUGUGGUAGCCUACGCCCCUGAGUCCUUCAGGAGUCUCCAGAUGCUCAUGGUUCUGGAGGCCUUGGUUCCUUGCUUCCUCCAGAGACUGAAGAGCAACACAGAGACGAUGGAAUCUGCCUCGGCUGCUAGAGACGAGAUAGCAGCCAUUGCUGCCCUUGCUACGUCACUGCAGGCGCUUCUAUACAGCUCAGAGUCUUUAACAAGGCCCAUGACAGCUCCACAGAUGUCCCGCUGUGAUCAAGGCCAUAAGGGAGGAACUACAGCUAACCACACCAUCUCAGGAGGUGUCAACACCAGAGACAACCUCCACCUCCUGGAAGAGGGACAAGGGAUGCCAAGAGAGGAGCUGGAUGAACGAAUAGCAAGGGAGGAGUUCCGUCGUCCCAGAGAGUCUCUACUGAACAUCUGCACUGAGUUCUACAAACACUCUGGACCCAGGCUAAAGAUCCUGCAGAAUGUUGCUGGCGAGCCAAGGGUAACCGCCCUGGAGCUGCUGGAUAUCAAGUCUCAUAUGAGACUUGCAGAAAUUGCCCAUGCCUUACUAAAGCUGGCGCCUUACGACACCCUGACCAUGGAGAGCCGUGGGCUGCGGCGUUACAUAAUGGAGAUGCUGCCCAUCACCGACUGGUCUUCAGAGGCCGUUCGCCCUGCCCUCAUCCUCAUCCUCAAGAGACUGGACCGCAUGUUCAACAAGAUCCACAAGAUGCCCACGCUCAGGUGCGCUCGCCCACAGGCACUGUGCAGCAGGAGACAGGUAGAGUGGGAGGCAGCCAGUAACCUGAUCGAGGGCAUUUGUCUGACGCUGCAGCGACAGCCAAUCAUUUCCUUCCUCCCGCACCUUCGCUCGCUAAUCAAUGUCUGCGUUAAUCUGGUGAUGGGUGUGGUGGGUCCCUCCAGUGUGGCUGAUGGUCUUCCUCUGCUCCACCUCAGCCCCUACCUCUCUCCUCCACUUCCUUUCAGCACAGCAGUUGUCCGCCUGGUUGCGUUGCAGAUUCAGGCUUUGAAGGACGAUUUCCCUCUCAGUCAUGUGAUCUCACCUUUCACAAAUCAGGAGAGACGAGAAGGGAUGCUGCUGACCCUGCUGAUUCCUUUUGUACUGACUGUUGGCUCAGGGAGCAAAGACAGUCCCCAUUUGGAGCAGCCGGAGAUCUUCUUGCUCCUUCAGACCGUCAUCAAUAUCCUUCUUCCUCCUCGGAUUAUCUCCACCUCCCGCACCAAGAACUUCAUGCUGGACGCGUCACCUGCUCACUGUUCCACUCCGGGUGACACAGGGAAGGAUCUGCGCAGAGAAGGUCUUGCAGAGUCCACCAGCCAGGCUGCUUAUCUUGCUCUGAAGGUGGUGUUGGUUUGCUUUGAGCGAUCGUUGGGGAAUCAGUGGUACCGUCUUAGUCUGCAGGUGAAAGAGAUGGCUCUAAGGAAGGUGGGCGGACUGGCCUUUUGGGAUUUCAUCGACUUCAUUGUCCGGACUCGUAUCCCCAUUUUCGUCCUGCUGAGACCGUUUAUACAGUGCAAGGUAAAGAACUUCACCCAGCUGUUGACCCAACCAGCUGACUCCCAGGAAGAGAUCACAGCCCGCCACCACAUUGCUGACCAGCUGGAGCGACGAUUCAUUCCAAGGCCUCUGUGCAAGAGUUCCCUGUUUGCAGAGUUCAACAAUGAGCUCAAGAUCCUGAAGGAAGCAGUGCACAGUGGCUCUGCCUACCAGGGUAAGACGUCCAUCAGCACAGUGGGCACCUCCACGUCGGCCUAUCGCCUCAGUCUGGCCACAAUGUCUCGCUCCAACACCGGCACGGGCACCGUUUGGGAGCAGGAGAGUCAGCCGUCACGCCAGCCUUCCCAAGACACACUGAGCCGCACCGAUGAGGACGAAGAAGAGAAUGAUUCCAUGAGUAUUCCCAGUGUGGUGAGCGAACACGAGGCCUUCCUGCCCAGGGUGAUAACAGAGAGGCGUUUCUCCAGCCACGCCACCGGAUCAGUGAUCUUACAGCCUGCGGCUCCACGGAGCACCAUGCUGCCCAGCCACAGUGAACCCAAUGUGCUAGAUGAGUCCCAGGGUCUUCUGCAGGAGGGUAACCUCUCUAGGGUGGCCAGUGUGCAGAGUGAACCGGGUCAUCAGAACCUCCUCAUACAACCGCCGCUGGGACGGAAACGUGGCCUCAGACAGCUUCGUCGCCCUCUGCUGUCUAUUCCGAAGAGUGAACCACGUGAUCGCUCAGGUGCACGGCUCUCUACGACCCGCAGAAGCAUCCAACCCAAGAACAAACCCAUGGAAACUUUGUUGGACUGUGAAGCACAUGGAGACCAAAAGAGAUCAGUCACUUUCACCGAGGCGUCUGGAGGAACGGGCAAACCCCAGACUCCCAGCACCAGUGACCCCCUGGCUGAGGGCAGGAAGACCAGUCCUGCCCCGUCAAAGUCACCCACCCUGGAAGUGCCCCCAGCCUCCUCAGCCACCGUCACGGCAGACCUGCACAGUCCUGCAAACACACAAGUUUCUUCAACUCUCUGUACUAAGGACAAGAGGGAACAGUGGGGGUUCCGCAGCAGCCUCUCCCCUCCUCCCUCGACCUCCCGCCCCUCCACCCCAACGCCCCCACCCCACCCUUGCUCCCCUACUCCGUUGUCACGAACCUGCUCUCCACUUUCUCUUUCCCGCACCUCUUCUCCACUCCCUCCUCCGCUUCCUGUAUUGGGUACUACCCCUGCCCCAGGACCCCCGCCCCCUCCCCCACUCCCUCCGACCCCACUUCUCCCUCCUCCUCCUCCUGGCCCAUCUAGAAUCAGAGAGAGCCCGGGGGACGAGGACACAACCGCACUGCUGCCUCGCUGCACCACCCUGCUGCAGCUGAGUGAGGACGCAGGCACAGAGAACCCACUCCUCACCCCUCUGUUGUCCUGCCCCUCACCCCGACUGUCGCCCCUUCCCCUGUCUCCAGUAGACCUUGACCUAGAUGAGUCCCAUGUGUGAGACCGAAUUUAUUUCUGACCUUUAAAAAUGUGUCACAACAUUAGCUUUUAUUGCACAUUUAAACAGAGAGUUAAAUCAUCACCACCCUCAUCAUCAUCAUCCUACAUAAGCUACUGUUGAAUGUAUACUGGUCAUCCUAUUCCACAUCACAAUUCAACGCCAAUGCUGAAAAAAUAUUUAUUUUUUAUCUCAAAGUAAAAGUGAUUCAAAUUUAAAUAUUAUUUUUAAUUAAUUAUUAUAUGAAAGAGUCUAUAUGUUAAAUCUUUAUCAACUUAAACAAGAGUAGUGUGAGGAGGAAAUAAGGAGCCAUCUCAAGGAAAGACCGUUACAGAAUGAUAGUAUAUGAAUGAGAUUAUUAUGGAGAAGAAAAGACAAUAUUUAAAAAGAAUUAUUGAUUUUAGCAUUCACAGAAGUUAUGUAUAAAGAGAUUUGUGGGUCUUGAUGUUGUAGUGUCUGUAAUUUUGUUUUGUGUGUAACUAUGGUACAGACACUGGACAUUUUAUGACUUAGAUCUGUGCUGUUCAGAGUUUUUUUAUAAGUAAACAGGGGUUCAAAUUCAAGUUAAAAUUCACACUAAGGAAGAAAAAAAAAUCCACCAAAUGUUUUUUGAGCAUUUAAUGCAUUUAAUUACGAAAACAAUUAUCUACUAUCAUCCAAAUGUUCAUAAUCAUUCACAGAUUUAAUUUUUUUGCUGUUAGCAGCAAAAAAAUAAAAAACCUGACCUGAAGUGAGAGUAAAAACUUUGUUCCUUGUGUUUGAACUUGUAUUUUACACAUUACAUCUAUAUAGAGGCAUCAUUUAAACUCCAUAGUAUUUAACAUUUAUACUAAUCAGUCAAACUUUACAUUUCAAUGUCUCCUAGAUUGUUGAAAAGGCCUUUAAAGUGAGUGUUAUUUUUCUCUAUUUUGUCUCUUGUUCUAUGUCUAAUUGUAUUAUUCUAUAAAUAUAUUAUAGUCUGCAGGGGGUUUUUUCUUUGUAAACUUAGCUGCUCAGUUCCUCUACAGAUUUUCUUGUGACCAAAGAACUUUGCCAUGCUGUCUUUUAGUUGUGUUAAAUGCUGUGGAAACAUAGGUUUUGAAUAGUAUUUCUAAAGUCUAAAAAAACAGCAACAAAACUCUCACCUGUCCUGCUGCAAUGUCGUCCUAAUUUGUUUUGUCUGCACUGUUAAAGUGCAUAGACAUGUAAUUUUCUUCUAUCUUAACAUAUAGUUUUGUACAGUCCUGUGUAUUUUACAGAAGAUGUGCCAUAAUUUACAAUAAGAUGUGCCAUAAUCGAAACCAAUGCACUGUGUUUCCUUUAAAGCAGCUUCUGUGUUCAUUUAUUCUAUCUUAGAGCAUCUAUUUAAAUGUGUCACUUAAUAAAUGUUUCAAUUAUUCUUGA